CCCGUCUGGAAAUCCCGCAACCGUGAUGUCACAUCCCUUACACAAUCGAGGGUUGUCGUGAUCCGCUGGCACCGCCAAACGCCACACUUAACAGCGAAUCUGUUUUCUGCCAAGCUAUAUACUUCAGUGUUUGGGUACAGCUUACUAGUGAUGCCUGAUCACAAAGAGCGCCUGCUUCCUCCAAAACCUGCGUCUGCUGUAAAUCUUAGGGACUCAUCUCAUAGGGUUUCUGCCUCUGUCCGUAGUCCGUUUCAAGUCCUGGAUGUCCAAGGCCUUAAAAAGCGUGGCCAAGGAUUAAGAUCCUGGAUCCGUGUUGAUGCUACAGGGAACUCUCAAGCGAUUGAGGUUGACAAGUUUACUGUGAUGCGGCGUUGUGACCUUCCGGCACGCGACCUACGUCUACUUGAUCCUUUGUUCGUCUACCCCUCAACAAUACUUGGAAGAGAGAAGGCCAUUGUCGUGAACCUUGAGCAGAUCCGGUGCAUUAUAACGGCGGACGAUGUCCUGCUUUUGAACUCUCUUGAUAGCUAUGUCCUGCAGUAUGUAGUGGAGUUGCAGAGGCGGCUUCAAUGUGCAGGAGGAGUUGGCGAGGCUUGGCAGUCUGAACAUUCUGACUUCAGCGGGAGAGGAAGCAGGAACCCAUCCAAUGAUAUGUUUAGGAGUCCAUCGCCUGAUUAUUUGCCCUUUGAGUUCCGCGCUCUUGAAAUUGCACUCGAGGCUGCUUGUACUUUUUUGGAUGUUCAGGCAUCUGAGUUAGAAAUUGAGGCAUAUCCUUUGUUGGAUGAACUUACAUCACAGAUAAGUACCUUAAAUUUGGAACGUGUUCGUCGACUGAAAAGCAGACUUGUUGCACUGACCCGUCGAGUUCAAAAGGUUAGGGAUGAGAUAGAGCAACUCAUGGAUGAUGAUGGAGACAUGGCUGAAUUGUAUCUUACGGAAAAGAAAAGUCGCAUGGAAGCAGCAUCACCAUCAUAUGAUGGCGGCGGUGGUGAUCAAUCUGUGGUGAUACUGGGGGGGUACAAGACAAAUGAGGGUUUGACAUCAGAUUCUGCACCGGUUUCUCCUGUCUCUUCACCACCUCCUGACAACAACCACCAUCACCACCACAACAGGAAGCUUGAAAAGAGUUUGAGCAUGAGAAGCAGACGUGAAAGCAUGAGAGGUUCAGAAGGCAGUAGUAGUGUCACAGAAGCUCAUCAAAGUAUAGAAGAGCUUGAGAUGCUAUUGGAGGCUUACUUUGUUGUCAUUGACAGUACCCUCAAUAAGUUGACUUCGCUCAAGGAAUACAUCGACGACACAGAAGAUUUCAUUAACAUUCAAUUGGACAAUGUACGAAACCAGCUGAUACAGUUUGAGCUGAUACUCACGACCGCAACAUUUGUAGUUGCAAUCUUUGGAGUCGUGGCUGGGAUUUUUGGCAUGAAUUUUGAAAUCCCAUUGUUUGAGCACGAAAGUGCAUUCAAGUGGGUUCUUAUAAUCACAGGAGUCGGGGGAUUCGUGAUUUUCGUUUUGUUUUUAUGGUUCUUCAAAUACAAAAGGCUGAUGCCACUUUAGAUGAUUUGCUUGUAUUUUGAAAGGGACCAAUAUAGUAGUAUUUACUCCACAUUGUUAUUACUUAUUACUUAGAUGUGGUGUAAGAUAGGAGGGUUUAGAAAUAUAAGAGAGCACGUGAUCACAAAAGCAAAUUUGUCUGUAAACAGGCAAUUUGUUUUGCAUAAAUAAUACUGAUACCAAUUG